AUGGAUACUUUCAGUAUCAUUCUCCGAACGGCACAGCCAACGUACCUGGGAGCCCAUGGUCUGCUCAUUCUGCCAGAACAUCUAGCCAUCGCCAAACUCAUUGCGCAGUUGGAGAGCAAUCGCGAAGAACAGCUCAAGGACCGCAUUCGCAAACUUUGCGCAUCGCUCGGCCAUUCAGACCAGAUUGCCAAAGCAGCCCUGGAGAACCUGGAGAUCCUACUAUAUAACCAUGACAUGAUUCUACACUCUGAUCUUCGCGUUGUUGGGACUAUCGCAUUCGUGUUGGCUCUCGAAGUUCAAGGCACAUUUAUGUCAUACAUCGACGCCUCCCCGCACUUUGACGCACCAGAAGAGCCCAGUGGUAGCUUCUGCCUCAAUAAGGCCCGCGGUAUCCUCACUGAUUUGGUGGCGGGUGACCAACUAGAAGUUUGCCUAGCAAAGUUAUCUCGCAAAUAUCGCAAGGACAAGAGCUACAAGAUGGCAACAGUCAGCGAGGUCGCGCGUCGCAUCCGAGUGCAUAUUUUGCUACAUUCCAGUUUUUUCAAGAAUCAGAAGCGACAUCUUUACAGCUACAUCAUCGCAGCGUACGUUCAGCAGGCCUUGUGGCAAUUUAGGCUCCGUAUCACGAUGGAGGAGGCUUGUGCAGCUAUGGAUCUUGACCAUGAGGAGCAAUUCGAGACGGCGCCCAGCAUCGAUGAGAGUCACAGCAAAGCUGGCUACGCUGAAGUGUGCAUACGUCGCUUUGCGGCGGGCAAAGACUGGAAAGUGCGUGUCGGUACUAAGAAGGAUGAAAUCAAGAAGGCACGGGAAACACGGACGAAGGCGGGCCAGCAAACAAAAGACAUGGUCGAUGCAAUGGGCGCGCUGUAG